AUGUCGGAAGAAAAAAAAGACGGAGAAAAUGCAGAAAAGGAGCACAUGCAGCUCAAGGUUCGCUCGCCGGAUGGUAGCGAGGUAUAUUUUAAGAUAAAAAGGAGAACAAAAUUGGAGAAAUUAAUGACGGCAUAUUGUAAUAGAUUAGGACAAUCAAUAGACUCUGUACGUUUUCUUUAUGAUGGCGAGAGGGUAAAACCAGAAAAAACACCAAUGGAUCUAGGUAUAGAGGAUGGAGAUGUAAUUGAUGCAAUGGUGCAGCAAACAGGAGGAGGAGGAUAUAUUUCUUGCUGCUGCUGCAGCAGCAGCAGCAGCAACAGCAGCAGAAGGGGUGGCGUGCAGCAGUAG